AAGCUCCCAAUCCAACUCUCCAUCAAUCUCGCAUCACAGGACGCGAAGGGUUUCAAUUCCCAACUUUUCGUCGAUCAAAUAUCACACUUUAAACUCGAAGUUGGGAUUUUUCUUUCUACUGAUAUUGAUCUAAAACGUAUGGAGGACCUGUUUAUCCACCGAAUCGAGUUCUAGGUUUCGUAUUUAGAAUUCGAUCGUUAACAUCAGAUGGAUAAAGGGAAAGGAGUGAUGGGAAGUCGGAAAUGGGCAGUUGAAUUCACAGACAACUCAUCAACACCUUCCUCCCGAGACAUUCCAGAUCCACCUGGGUUCACACGAGCUACCCAUGAUCAAGAUGAUUCCACAUUAAGUCGCCAAAAGAAAGAUGCAGAAGCAAAUUGGAAAUCACAAAAAGCAUGGGAGGUAGCUCAAGCACCCUUCAAGAACCUUCUAAUGAUGGGGUUCAUGAUGUGGAUGGCUGGAAGUACAGUCCAUUUGUUUAGCAUCGGUAUAACAUUUUCAGCUCUUUGGCAACCAUUAAGUGCUCUUCAAGGAGUUGGGAAGGUUUUUGAGCCUUAUAAAGAUAGCAAGGUGGAUCUAAAUGCACCUAAAUUGCUGUUUAUUGCUCUUAAUUUGGGGGGUAUGUUGCUUGGUGUCUGGAAGUUGAACACUUUGGGGCUUCUUCCUACACAUGCUUCUGAUUGGGUUUCUUCUUUGCCACCUGCACAUGAAGUUGAGUAUUCUGGUGGAGGUAUUGCUUUGUUCUAAUAACAACACUAUAUCUAUCGGAUUUUCAUUUUUUUUUCUUAUAGUUUUUAAUAUCCAAGAACUGUUUCAGAUUUUGUUCUCUUUUUAGUGAUUUUGCAUUUUGAUUCA